AUGUUUCUGAAGCAGUGCAUCGUAAACUACCAGCUGUUGGUUAAUUCCCGCGACCCCCUUUGCGGCCAUGUGAGAAUUUUCCGUCUCGGCAGGGGCCGAGGGGUCGUGCAGGUAGAAGGUGGAGCAAACAAGAAAAUCGUGAAAAGUAUAAGCAAUAUAAGUAGUAUAAGUAGUAUAAAAAGUGUGGACAUCGUAAAUAGUGCGAGAAAAGUGAGAAGCACUCCAAGGGUGAGAAACGCUAUAAACGCCCCAAACAUAACUAACCAGACGAACCGACCGAACGUGGCGAACCUGCCGAAUCGUCCAAAUCAACCUAACCUGUCAAACGCGAGGGACGCCCUCUUCAUUCACAAAAUUCCAUAUCGCGCGAGUCCCCACCGCGUGAACAAUAAUUGGAUGAGUGACGCACCCAGGGAUUCCCCAAUGAGCAGUCCAGAGUGGAUAACGCGCAUGUCCAGAACGUGUAGCAGGUGGAGAAUACGGCUGUUCUCAAAUGGAAGCCAAAAUGGGGGAAAGAGUACCUGGGGAGGAAAAUAUGGAGACGAAGAUGGAAAGAAUGACCAAGGGAAGGAGGAUCCUAAAAUUAACAUAAACCAAGCACAACAAACCUUUUUCAAUCUACGGAAAAGCUUAAGAGAGUCAUUUGAAAAGAAGCUGAAUACAAAUGCAGACGGAGGUGUAUCCAUAAAAGACAUUUACAAAAUUUUGAAGAAGGAAAGGAAUUACCUAGCAGUGGCAUUUCUCUGUUUAUUAAUUUCAUCCUUGGGACAAAUGUUCUUUCCCAUGUGUAUAAGCAAAAUAAUUAACAUGUAUGGAGGAAAGGAGGAAUCUUUAAAGUAUGUAAUGAACGAGGUGUACAAAACGGUAUUUCUCAUUAUAGGAAUUUCUACCUUCAGCUUUUUUCGGAUAUAUUUUAUCGAAACAUCCAUCGAGAAAAUUACGAGACGGUUAAGGAAGGAUCUGUUUGAGAAUAUACUUAAUCAGAAAUUGUCUUUUUUUGAAAAGCAGAAAACAGGAGAGCUAAUAAACAGAUUAUCUAACGACAUUGAAGUUUCUUCGAGGGUACUAAUCACUCUUUCCUUCGGAAUUCGUAAUUUGAUUGCAGCAAUUGUUGGAGGAAUUUGUGCUUUACAUAUAUCACCAAGUAAAUUAUUCCAGUCCUUUUUACUUCCUGUCUCUGCUUCUCUGAUAAUUGGUACCACCUAUGGAAAAAUUGUAAAACAAAUUAGCAUUAUAAAGCAGGAGAAGUUAAGUAACUGCAUAGAUUUUGCUUCCGAAAAGAUACACAACAUUGGUAAUGUCAGAUUAUUAAAUGGAGAAUCUUUUGAAAAAAAAGAAUUUACAAAUUAUUUAAAUGAAGUGUACAAAUCAGGUACGAAAUAUUCACUAGUCAAAGCUGGAAACCACUUCCUCUUCGUUAGUAUCAUUUCCCUUUUUUUACUCCAUUUGAUUUAUUAUGGGAAUUAUUUAAUUGCCAAUAAGUAUAUAAAUACGGGAGAUUUAUUUUCCCUAAUUAUGUACUCGCUAUUUUGUGGUAGUGGCAUACAAGGGGUUAUGCAAUCUAUUGGUGAUCUCCAGAAAUGUAUUGGCUCGUGUGCAAAGGUACUUCAAAUUAUUAACCUCCCCAAGAGUGAAUUCAACGAGCACUGGUCUAAGGACACAAUUCGUUUUCUCAAAAAUGAGGAUUACUCCAUCAAGUUUGAUAACGUUUCUUUUUCGUACGGCAAGGAUGAGGAGAUCAUUCCCCAGGACAAGUCUUACGGAAAGGUGGACCCCCUUUCGCGCAGGAGUAGUGCAGGGAGCACCGGUACCAACGCCACCGACAGCACGAGCAGCACGACCCGUGAAAACCACAAAGACCAAGAAAGCAACAAACGCACGGAGGAGGAUAAUUGCGUCCUGAAAAAUGUCUCCUUCUUCCUGCCACAUAACAAAUCAGUUGCCAUUGUAGGCAAAAGUGGAAGUGGAAAAACGACCAUAUUAAAUCUGCUCUCCAAAAAAAACACACCCAAUUCUGGAAAAAUCCUGAUAGGCAAUUUCGAAAUUGAGAAAAUCAGUUCCUCAGCCUUAAGGUAUAUCCAAGGAGUAAUCACGCAAAAUCCUUUUCUCUUCAAUAUGUCUAUCCAGGGUAAUUUGCUAUACCCCCUCAAGGCAUAUGAGCAGAUGCUGAAGGAGCAAUUGGUGCUCAUAGAGGAGGAACAAAUAUCCAAAAGAUGUACGAAAAAUAGAAAAAAAAGCACAAAUUCGUGUAGAGGUACCAUAUCGGCAGUGAACAACACAGCGUUUGAAAAUACAUUCCAAUCAGACGAACUUGCAAUCGACAACUUGGAAGAAAUACACUCCUUUGUCACAGGGGAAAUAAAAAAGGUGCAAGAAAAUUUAGAAAAAAUUACUCCAGAUAUGUUAAAAGAUACAUAUAAAGAUUUUCAUAUUCAUGAUUUUUUAAGUAAGUAUGCUCAUUACGAUGAUGUGAAUGUUGGAGUGGAUGGGUCUUCCUUGUCGGGAGGACAAAAGCAGAGAGUUUACCUUGCUCAGAAUUUAUUUAAGAAGAAUAAAAUUCUCAUUUUGGAUGAACCGACUUCUUCGCUAGACAAAUUAUCGGAGAACAUAAUUAACGAAGCGCUACUAAAAUAUAUGAAGGGAAAAACGUCGAUCAUUUUUACUCACAGAUUGGAUCUCCUCAAUUUCGUUGACUACAUCGGUGUACUUAAUGAUGGCUCUAUGGUGCAGUUUGAUUUGCGGGCAAAGGUGCUAGAGAAGCCCUGUGACAUUUUGCGCCAGAUACUCAGCCAGAGCUCCUUCUGA